AUGCCACGCGAUCGUGACCUUGUUGCACUUAUCAAUCAACUGCAGAACCCGGAGCUUAAUGAGUACAGCUUCACGCACCUAGCAGAAGAUGACAAGGGCGAUGACUUGGACGAUCCGACAGUUCCAGAUGUGAUUGCUGAGCUGGAGCGACUUGGAAUAAACGCACCCGGCUCGAAGGACAAUGAUCAUGUUCCCAUUGGGCCGUGUCUUCUAGGAGAUGCAGAAGCUGAUGAUGACUGGCAUCCUUACGGAACGAAGACGAUGUUCAUGCUCAACUUGCUUGACAGUUUACCACGGCUGCGCCUCUCUGACGAUCACAUAAGAUUGAUCAUCUGGCGCAAGACGUCCCAGGACAACGAGUUCUAUGCCAAUGGCCCGUCAUCUACGUUUCGAUUGGAUUGGAGUAAUCCUUUGGUUCGCGCACAUAUCCGGCUAUACCCUGAGACGACUCCAGAGGUCUCAGAAAUUCUCCAAGCAGAAAAGGCAGCGCCCAAAGUGAUUAACACAAAGGAUUUGGACUUGUAUCCGCACAUGUGGGCGGACUGGGAAAACACACCUUAUCGUCACUUCUACAUCAGAGAAGCUGCUCGUCUGCAUGAUGGGCGAUACGUCCUGAUUCUGCGUUGGAUCGUUGAACGGAGUACAGUCUAUGCAGAUGUCUAUGAGCUGAAUCACACGACCGGAUUGUUCGGCAUGUAUGAUCCUGAGGUUUUGCGGAUUCCAGUGAACACACUGUCUGGCAAUUGCCGGGAUAUCGAGGCAGUAUUGGGACAGGACAUUCGGUUUGAUGACACUGUUCCCAAGUGGGCAGCACGAAAUCAUCCGGUGCGAGAGACAGCAAAUGGGCGGCCAGCGUUUACGCUUUACGCUGCCGCAUGGAGCGACGACGUCUCGGGGAAUGUCAGCAAACAAUUCAACCUGCAUACGAACAUGUACCUUGCGAACCUGAAUCUCCCACACGAGAAGUUGCAGCAAGAGUUUUUCAUCCGUUUCCACUCGACAUCACAGCAUGCGAGUUCGUCUGAACAGUUCACUGCGCUGUACAAAGAAGCCGGUCCAGAUUGUUGGAUUGAAGCGUAUGAUUGUGCGCUGAAGGAAGAUAUCGUCUUUCGUGUCAUGCCACACAUCAAACCAGCCGAUAAUCCUCAGCAGUCGGAGACGUGCUCACACAUUGGGCUGAAGGGGAACUUGUUCUGUCGUCGGUGUAUGGUGGGCGGGUCUGCGGAGGCAAAGGAGACAAACGAGGUUCUCCUCACGGUUAAGCCCGGGGAACCACGAACACCUGACGAAACAGAACGUGUGGUCAAGCUCCAACUGCGCUUGGCAUGCCGCGGUGAGCGAGAGGCGGUGGAAGAAUCACAAACCUCGACCGGUGUCAAGGACCGGAUUGCCCAAUUCUGGAUUGAGGUAGUCUUGAUCAGGUCCCAGGCCGAACAAAAGCGGCGGCUCACUGACAAAGAUACCCGGGAUGCCCGGAUGAACAGUCGAAGCCUGAAAGGGGAUGAACAUCGUAAAGUAAAGGAUACCAUUGUCACCGCAAUACAGGAGGAGACGUUUGAGUGGCUGAUUCAACAGCCACCACACAGCUACAAUGCUAUUCCUGUUGAUUCGCCGCUCCGUAAAGACGUUCGACGAGGUGACCAUUACAACCCUCUCCUCGGAGUGCCUGGAGUCAAUGUCCAUCGGGACACAGCUACAGAAAUUUUGCACACGUACCUGAUUGGUGAGGACAAGUAUAUCUGGCACGACACGUCACAUCCAUGGAGCAAGAAAGAGGAGCGCCUCUUUGCACAGCGUCUGCAGUCCUCGUCUGUCGAUGGGCUGUCAAUCCCUGCAAUACAGGCGGAAUACAUGGUGAAAUACAAGAACUCACUGAUCGGAAGGCACUACAAGACCCUGCAGCAGCUUGCAGUGUUUCACUUGCACGACCUGUGUUCGCCGCUCAUAUUCGAUCUAUGGAAGUCAACAGGAGAGCUCGGCGCGAUGAUAUGGGUCGACACCAUAUUGGACAUGGAACAAUACCUUGCAGACUUGGAGAUACUGAUCGCAAAUCUUCUCGACAUCUGGGCUCUCCUCGACCCAUACCGCAUCAUCGUCAAAGCCAAACACCACGUACUCUCUCACCUUGUUGCCGAUGUUCGCCAAUUCGGACCCGCAAUCCUGUACUCCACCGAAAUCUUCGAGUGUUGGAACUCUGUGUUCCGCAUUUGCAGCGUCUUAUCGAAUCGUUUGGCGCCCAGCCGCGAUAUCGCGGAAACACUCGCAGGACUGGAGACGUUCAAGCACAUCGUGAGCGGUGGAUGGUGGAAGACAGAUGAGGGUGGAAUGGUUCAGGCGGGAAGGCACGUUCGCGCAUACCUGCGAUCAACACCUGAACUGCAACGGCGCCUUGGCUGGGUCGAUCCGACAAGUAUUCAACCCGGUACAGUCAAGCUCGAGGCUGUCAAGAAGCGUUCAGUUCCGGUGGACACUGCUCCUCAAGCUGGCGAGAACGCCGGAUCCAGUAGUGGCACUGCAAGUCAGACUGUCGAGUCCCGAGUCGAGUCGGGAGCAGACGAAAGGCUCAAGCGAUGUGCCUAUGUAAUCUCGCGAUCAAAAGAUGUAUGCAAGCGCGGUUCAUGGGUAUUCUACAAACACCCGCAGACACAGGUUGUAUCUGCAGGUCGUAUUGUUGAAGUCUUCCUCGCCCCCAGUUCCAGUUCCGACAACGGCUCGCCAGCAAAAGAUUGCGCGCAUGUUUUAAUCCAGCCAUACACGGUUCUGGAAGCAAAGGACAAGCAUUACAAUAUGCCGGUCCUGGUGCGCACAAUUGCGUCAAUAGAACAACCGGCGCAUGACCUUUACGACCGCGUGUGUGUGGCUCCGGAGGCCGUUCUCUUCGCAUUCAAUGCCCAGCAUGACUGCUAUGACAGUAAAUGCGCUCCAACAGGGACGGUGCCUGUGCGGCAAGAACGACGCGAGACAGGGCAAACUCGACAAGUCAACGAACAUGUCGCCAAAACCGACCGGUAUAUCUUGAACACACACGCAAUUCGCAAUUCCGCCUUAAUAAGGCAGACACUGCCACGCAAUCUCACUGCGCCAGAGCCAUAUAUACCAAGCGAAGAUCGUACCAAGAGGCAUCACGAACUUGCGGCUCAACUUCAGGUGUCCGGGCCGCAAAAACAUGCAGAUGCCAAAACAAGGGCCGCGGAGACUCGAGCACGCAACAAGACCAAGAACGCGACUGCAGCGGAGCGGGGCUCAGCCCGGGCCCCAACCGCCGCUGGUACAAGCAACCGUCCCGUUCCAUCGUCAAAUACCGCUGGCCCCAGCCUUGCGAACCAAGAUGACGAGAUGACGACGUAG